AUGCUUCCUUCUAUUCCUGUGCUGGCCGAGUAUGGCAUCUCUCCUACCCACGGCUUCCUUCCGGACACUCUACCAUUAACUCGCCUACCGGAUCCUUACUACAACAAAUGGGAGGCUAUCGCCGCCAACCUUCAGGCCCUCAUUCUCAGUCGCAGGUUGCGUGGUGUUAUUGACAGACUACCAAUUCUCUCUACAAUCGGCCUCGAACAUGAGGCCGAGUGGCGCCGCGCCUAUUCGCUACUAGGCUUUAUGGCCCACGGAUACAUCUGGGGAGGUGAUUCACCAUCAGACCGCCUACCAGCGUCUAUCUCAGUUCCCUUUCUGGAGAUCUCAGCACACCUAGAAGUACCGCCAGUCGCCACCUAUGCCGCUGUCUGUCUCUGGAACUUUAAACCGCUCUUCGUUGACGAGGACAUUGAUAACCUCGAGAACCUCGCCACUCUCAACACAUACACCGGCGCCCUCGAUGAAUCAUGGUUCUAUCUUGUGUCGGUGGCUAUUGAGGCUCGCGGAGCCCCAAUUAUUCCUCUUAUGUUGACGGCUAUCGCAGCUGCCCGCCAUGGAGAUACCGCGGCCGUCACUCGAUGCCUGCGCACUUUCGCAGAGCGUCUAACAGAUCUUACAAAUAUUCUCCAGAGGAUGCAUGAGAGCUGCGACCCAACUAUCUUUUAUCACCGUAUCCGACCGUUCCUUGCUGGUAGCAAGAAUAUGGCAGAGGCUGGCCUCCCCAAUGGUGUCAUUUACGAAGAUGGUUCUGGCGAGGAGAGUUACCGACAGUACAGUGGUGGUAGCAAUGCUCAGAGCAGUUUGAUACAGUUCUUUGACAUCAUUCUCGGCAUUGAACACCGUCCUACGGGAGAGUCUCGCGACCCAUCAUCUGAUAGCGAUCGCGGUCGCGCUUCGCACCGACACAACUUCAUCAUGGAGAUGAGACGCUACAUGCCCGGACCUCAUGCUCGAUUCCUCAAUGAUGUAUCCAGCGUUGCAAACAUCCGCGAGUAUGUCGAGGAGCACCAAUCCGAUAAGCAAUUAUGUCUCGCGUACGAUGCAUGCCUGGCUAUGCUUAGUGCAUUCCGAGAUAAGCACAUCAAUAUCGUCACCCGUUACAUCAUCAACCCAUCAAAGCAAGUUCGUGCUCGCAGUCGCUCAAGGAGCCCUGAAGUGACCCGUAACAAGGUCAACCUCGCUAUCGCGUCGCGUAAAAACAGGGAUAACCAGAAGGGCACAGGUGGCACUGCAUUGAUUCCUUUCUUGAAACAAGCAAGGGACGAGACAGGCGAGCCUGCUGUUGAGGAGUGGACAAGACGCUUCAUGAAGAGGAAAAUGCAUACCGAGGGUAAGAAUGAUUUCUUCCUUGGUAAGACUCUUCCAGACAAUGUGAGCUUGACAGAAGAUGUGGAAAUCAAAGGUCUUGCUGGAUCAUGGACCAUGGACGAUGAGAUUGGUGGUAUCUGCUUAUACUGA